AUGGGUCUUGAUGUUGAUGUAGAAACCUAUCUUAUUCCUGGAUUUAAGAUAUUUGAACAUUUCUUUACAGUUCCACUAGACCACGAUAAUCCAUCGGGAGUUAAAAUUCGCUUAUUCGCACGCCAAGGUGGUCCCGGUUUCGAAUGCUCUCUCCCAAGUUACUCUGGUGCAUAUAGAGCCGCAUCCGCAAAAGGUUAUCAAUGGCUGCUGCUCGAUCAACGUGGGACUGGAUUAUCGACACCGAUAUCGGCCGCUUCACUUGGAAAUUUUGAAACGGCAGAAGCGAAGGCGGAUUAUUUGAAAUAUUUCAGGGCGGAUUCUAUAGUGAAGGAUGCUGAGCUUAUAAGAAGAGAGCUGUGUGGAGGGAGGAAAUGGAGUUUAUUAGGGCAGAGCUUUGGUGGCUUUUGUUGUAUUAAUUAUCUGUCCUUAUUUACUUAUCACAAACGUAUAUUCGAUAUUUCUCCAAACCGUAUUUUACCAGUUUUCAUAACAGGUGGCGUACCACCGCUGGCUUCCAAUCCAGAUCCCGUAUACAGGUCUCUCUACUGCCAGCUCAUAAAACGAAACUCUAUCUAUUACCUAAAGUACCCGAAAGACAUCCAGCGUGUCCGCACCAUUCUCCGAUAUUUAUCCACCAACACCAUCAUCCUUCCUGACGGCGGCUUUCUUACCCCUAGACGUUUUCGGCAACUUGGCAUUGCAUUCGGUGAGCAUGGCGGGUUCGAUGCUAUACAUCAAAUUGUAAUUCUUACUGCCAACGACAUCGAAGCUAUGGGAGGAUUGAGUUAUCGUUGUCUGGAAAAAAUAUCUAAUAGACAGCCGUUCGAUUCUAAUAUUUUAUACGCAAUACUGCACGAGGCUAUUUAUUGUCAGGGAGAAAAGUCAAACUGGUCAGCAGAGAGAAAUAUGACAAAGGAUUUUUAUUUUUCUUUGGAAUGGUUGGAAACAAAUGAGGGCAAGCCCGUCUUGUUUACAGGGGAGAUGAUUUAUAGUUGGAUGUUUGAUGAUUAUGCUGAAUUGAGGCCAUUGAAGGAAGUUGCUCAGUUACUGGCUCAGUACGAGGACUGGGGUCCGUUGUAUGAUGUUGAGCAGUUGGGUAAAAAUAACGUACCGGUUGCAGGAGUGUCUUAUUACGAAGAUAUGUACGUUGACCUUAAAUUGAGUGAGGAAACAGUUUCCAAGAUUAAAGGAUUCAGGCACUGGAUCACAAACGAGUAUCAGCACAAUGGUCUUCGCGAGGGCGGUGAACACAUUCUGAAUACUCUAUUCAGGAUGCUGCGAGGAGAUUACGACGGAUACAAUGAAAGUCAGAUAUAA